GAUGGUGUUAGAAUCUGCCCUCGGCUGGUACCAGGGGCGAAUAAGUCACUACGAUAAACAGUCAUGGGAAAUAACCGUCGAGCAGAGAAUUCUUCAGGGAUUAUCAUAUACUCCACGUAAAACAGCUAAACUCAAAACGGAAUUGAUUGAUGUUGACUUAGUAAGAGGAUCAACAUUUCCAAAGGCAAAACCACAGUCGGGAAUAUGGCUGGCGGGUUUGCAUGGAAUAUCUCGCAUAAUACUUUUGCCGUUUUACGCAUCAUGGUGGAUUCGAGAGACUUCAUGCACAGGCUUCUUUGUGGUCUUGUCAGUGUACAGCUCAAUACUCAUGUCUGGAAUCAUCAUGUUUUGCUGUAGGAAUGAUGAAGUGAUUCUUAAGGACAUUCCAGCAUCAGAAGUACUACUGCCGUGUGUAGUGAUUUUGGUGUUAAGUGUGAUUCAUUCUCAAAUUGUAUGCACGCGCCAUACAGGAAUAUCGUCCCCGAAUCACAGCCGAGGACCGGUAGGCAUAAGACAUGGGAGAAGGAUGAGGUCAUUACGAAGAAGUGUCUCACUGAAGGGACGGGGUAAAUGUGCAUGUAGCAGUGCUAGGCGUGAUAAUACAAGGUUAUCUGUUAAUCCACCUAAGAAACACAACAGGUCACCAUUUAAAACAUUCAGAUCUCAUUCAGAGGAACCAAAGCAUGAAGAGGUAUAUCCGUUACGUCCACGUUCAGCCUCUGAAAACAAUGUUGCCCCCUGUGUGGACUCUAAAGGCAAACCGAGCAUUAUAAUUUUUUCGUCUGGCUCCUCUCAGAACAUCAAGGCAGAUGAACAGUCCAGUUCUUCUGCCACUACCUCUUCCAGUGAUAGGAGUCCAGUGGCAGGUAUUGUGGAAGGCAAGGGGGAGAUAUUCAUUGACCAGCUGAAAAAAAAGAGACUACAGGAAUUUUGUCCAGAUGACAACGGUAUUGAUGAUGCGAACACUCCCCUGGACGGAAGUGAUGGGAGACAAUGUAGGGAUAAGGAGAUACUAGUUGAUGGCUGUAGGACUGAGAGUUGCUUGUUGAAAAGCAAGUGUGAGGGAAAAAAUAGCCUGCUGCAAACCCCUGGUACUGAGGACAUUGCACCAAGUAUACACCUUAAGCUUCCCAGUGAGAGACCAGAUGUUGAUGGGGGUAGUGACGGAGGAGAGGAAAGUGGCAUGGGGGAUUUUGAAGGCCCAACCACCGAUACUGACAGCUGGAACAUGAAGAAGACUGCAAGGCGUUCUUGGUGCUCUUGUUCUUGUGGGAAGCCAUCUGAUACCAGUGCUAGCCACCCCAGCCGCCGUUCCCCUCACAAGCUCCUACCAGUGGCUGUUGAGAGAAGCUCUUGCAACUCCUCUUGUGAAAGCGAUGCGGAACAAAGCCCAUCCCCACAGUAUACGAAGGCUAAGCAUAGUGAGUACGAAUGGAUGGGCAUAACAACAAACAGUGACGAUUUGAGCUACAGCAGUGAGAGUGAUGGUGGUUGGGAUGACAAUGAAGAGUCGGAUCAGACUUUCUUGAGGUCGGAGGCAUUGGACUGGAACAUUCAGGGUUCACCAGCGGCGAUCAUAACUUCUGCGCCUAAUGUAUCUGACAAAGUCAGCUGCAAAAUAUGGGAAGAAGCUGAGGUGAAGAAAGUUGACCUCUCUGUCUUAGACAUUUCUUCAGCAGUUAUAUCAAAAGUGGAUAGUUUGCAUCACACGACUCAUUAUCUUCAGUUUGGACUAACCAUUGCCAUAGUGAUAGCUUUGGUACCAAGCAUAUACAGAGUUGAUUAUUCUGCUCUUGGAAAUUUCUUGGACACUGUGGUUACAUCUGACUCUCAAGAUUGGAUCCCAGCAUUUAAGGAAUUGUUAGAGAAGGUAUUCACAGGACUGCUUGGUGGGAAUAUGUGGUCUUCGAUUGUAAUUCUGUUGAGUGCUAUUAAUAGACUUUGCCUGGCUGGAGGAUUUUUUUUCCUACUGUCUGUAGCGGAGAGAACUUUCAAGCAGCGGUUUCUGUAUGCCAAACACUUCUGCUAUCUUACAUCCGCCCGCCGAGCUAGAAAAUAUGAUCUACCUCACUUCAGACUCAACAAAGUUCACAAUAUUAAAACAUGGCUUUCUGUACGCUCAUGCUUGAAGAAACGAGGCCCCCAGCGAUCGGUGGAUGUAAUCGUUUCUGCCACGUUCUUCAUCACUUUGCUACUUGUGUCAUAUCUCUGCUUUGAACUGCUAAAGGAAGAUGAUAAGUCACAACACACACUGUACAAUUGUGAGCUUUUUUUCUGGUGUUUUGCAAUUGGCAUCUACCUAAUCCGCUUCAUGACGUUGGGAGCAAUGAUCAACAAGAAGUACUCUAGCUUAUCAGUACUCAUAACUGAGCAGAUCAAUAUGUAUUUACACAUGGAGCAAAAACCCCAGAAAAAAGAUGAACUCAUGUUAGCAAACAAUGUUCUAAAAUUGGUCUCUGUCCUGCUGAAGGAACUAGAGAGUCCAUUUAAAAUUUCUGGGCUCUCGGCAAAUCCCCUGCUGUACAACAUAACCCGCUUGGUUGUCCUCUCAGCUUGCUCUGGCGUUCUCUCAGACCUUUUAGGUUUCAAACUCAAACUUCACAAAAUUAAGUUUAAGGAGUGAACCUAUGCUUUCUGAUGAGAAGAAAAAUAAAUAGAGAUGAGAAUCAUAUAACCGAUAGAUGUAAUUGAUAUAAAUUACAGUACUUAUAUGUAAAUCUGAAUAAUGGUAUAUUGCUUUAAUCUGUUAAGUAGCUUUGAAAGUAUGCAGAUGACAUAUCCAGUGUGCUGCCUUUUAUAGUGACAGCAAUUUUUAAGGUCUCAUUUAGAUUUUAGAGGAAGUAUGACCAAUUCACCCAAUAUAAUAUUUUUAAAAUUGACAAAUUGAAAAUGCUGUUCAUUUUUAAAUUUUUUUAUGUGUAAAUGUGAUAUUGUUAGAAGCUAGUGUAAGUAUUCCAUGACAAUAAGAUUUUAAAAGAGAGAGAGAGAAGGAGAAGAAAGGAGAGGAAACAAUUCAAUGUGAUAAUAAAAGGGUGUGAUGGAUAUCUUAUAAGUUUUAGAAGAGAGUGAGAAUACGAGAGUAUUUUGAAUUUAUGUAAAGUUCAAAAAUUAAAAACAUUUUAAGGCAAA